CGAAGCUUCCGGCGCGUGGCGCGCCUAGCUGUUAUAUCUCGCGCCUCCCUGCUCGCCCAUUGUCGCCAUCGUCGAAUUACAGCAAUGUUACCGUCCAGAGCAAGACUCGCCGCAAGGCGCCUUUCCGCCCCGCUAUGCGAGGCAUCCAUCUACCCUCGAGCUGCUCGACCACUAAUCACCUUGCCUUCACGCGUUGCGCUGAACUUCCCAGCGCUUUCUCAAUUUUCACCCCAUCUCCCCGCCGUCCGGUACUAUGCCAAUGGCCGUCCACAUCCUCCAGGCGGCACCCACCGCAUGAACAUGGGUGGCGGCGAAGAAAAGCCAGCUUUGGAAGAGUACGGAGUGGAUCUUACCGCGAGAGCGAAAGACGGAAAACUCGAUCCUGUCAUCGGUAGAGAUGCCGAGAUCCACCGCACUAUUCAAAUUCUAUCGCGGAGAACGAAAAACAACCCAGUACUCAUCGGGGCCGCGGGUACGGGUAAGACGGCGAUCCUUGAGGGCCUGGCACAGCGUAUUGUCAAAGGCGACGUGCCGGAGUCGAUCAAAGAGAAAAGAGUCGUCUCGCUAGACCUGGGACAGUUAAUUGCGGGUGCGAAGUUUCGUGGAGACUUUGAGGAGCGGCUGAAGAAGGUGUUGAAGGAGGUGGAAGAGGCCCAGGGCCGAGUAAUACUCUUCGUGGAUGAGCUUCACACCCUCCUUGGCCUUGGAAAAGCGGAAGGUAGCAUCGAUGCGAGCAACCUCCUCAAACCUGCACUGUCACGGGGAGAUCUUCAAUGCUGCGGUGCAACAACACUCGCCGAGUACCGCAUGAUUGAAAAGGACGUCGCACUGGCUCGCAGGUUCCAACCGGUUCUCGUCGGUGAACCAACCGUGCCGGACACCAUCUCCAUUCUACGGGGUAUCAAGGAAAGGUACGAAGUACACCACGGAGUUCGGAUUACGGAUGGUGCAUUAGUUGCGGCCGCUACUUACAGUAACCGUUAUAUUACGGAUCGCUUCCUUCCAGAUAAGGCUAUUGAUCUGGUUGAUGAAGCCGCCAGUGCGCUACGACUCCAACAGGAGAGUAAGCCGGACGCCAUUCAGGAACUGGACCGCCAAAUUAUGACAAUUCAGAUUGAGCUGGAAUCUCUACGCAAGGAAGACGAUGUUGCAAGCAGAGAGCGGCGAGAGAAGUUGGAAGAGAGUCUUCGCAAAAAGCAAGAGGAGGUCGGAACACUAAACGGGAAGUGGGAGAAUGAGCGUGCCGAGAUUCAACAGAUCAAGAACGUUAAGGAGAACCUGGAGAAAGCCAAAAUUGAGCUCGAGCAAGUUCAGCGCGAGGGUAACUUUGCCAAAGCCAGCGAGCUACGCUACUCAACCAUUCCAUCGCUCGAGCAACGCCUGCCAAAAGAUAGCACCGACAGUCCUGACAAAUCCGCGGAUAGCCUUCUUCACGACUCAGUCACUGCGGACGACAUUGCCGGAGUGGUCAGCCGAACUACCGGCAUUCCAGUCACCAAGCUCAUGGCGGGCGAAGUGGAAAAGCUCAUACAUAUGGAAGACACAUUACGGGAAUCCGUUAGGGGCCAAGACGAGGCCCUAACGGCCGUCGCCAAUGCUGUUCGAAUGCAGCGUGCGGGUCUUAGUGGAGAAAACCGCCCACUUGCUAGCUUCAUGUUCCUUGGACCCACGGGUGUCGGUAAGACAGAGCUUUGUAAGAAGAUGGCAAACUUCCUCUUUUCCACAGAGACUGCUGUCAUCCGUUUCGACAUGAGUGAAUUCCAAGAGAAACACACGAUUAGCAGGCUUAUCGGAAGCCCCGCUGGCUACGUCGGUUAUGAGGAUGCGGGCCAACUUACGGAAGCAGUUCGACGGAAGCCUUAUGCCGUUUUGCUUUUUGAUGAAUUCGAGAAGGCGCACCGCGACAUCUCUGCUCUCCUUUUACAGGUUCUUGACGAGGGCUUCCUUACAGACUCGCAAGGCCAUAAGAUCGACUUCCGCAAUACCAUCAUAGUGCUCACCUCCAACUUAGGCGCCGACAUAAUCGUAGGAGAUGACGUCCUCCAUACGCACCAGAUCGACAAGAAGAGCGGAGAAAUCAGCCCGGCCAUUAAGAAAAGCGUUAUGGAUACGGUUGCACUAAACUACCCGCCUGAAUUCCUCAAUCGUAUCGACGAAUUCAUUAUCUUCCGGCGUCUGCCUCGGGAUGCGCUCAGGGAUAUUGUCGAUAUCAGACUGAAAGAGCUACAGACGAGAUUGGACGACAGGAGGAUCAAGCUCAGAGUAGACGAUAAAACCAAAGAAUGGCUUUGCGAACGGGGCUAUGACCCACGGUUUGGAGCAAGACCACUCAACCGGCUCAUUUCCAAGGAAGUGGGCAAUAGUCUUGCGGACAAGAUCAUCCGAGGAGAGCUCAGGAGCGGCAGCACGGCCCGGGUGGGCAUUAAGGAGGACGGUAAUGGUUUGUACGUCGAGACGGCCGAGAUGUGAGGUGAGUGCAGAGAGAGAAAUGUUCAUGACAUGAUGAUCUUAAACGUUUUGUACAAAAUUGGGAUUUAUGUACAGGAAGUAUGUAAAUAUAUCAUAGUUACCUAUAAUGCGAGAGCGAGAGGUG